AUGGGCUGUCUGGCAUUUGGACCACCGCUCUUAUCAGGAUUACAAAGAUCUCAGCGGCCGGUUUUCUCCGAGUUUGGCAUGCACGGCUUCCCCGCGAACCGAACGGUAAAUUACUUCCUCCGAGGGAGACCUAAGAGCCCGCAGUUCCCUCAAUCUCGAGUCGUAGACUGCUACAAUAAGUCCACGGGCGCACACAUGCGUAUUACGCGAUAUCUGGCCGAGAACUUUCGUUUUGAUAUAGCUUCACUGAAGAAUUUUGCCUACUCGUCUCCGUUGAUGCAAUCGGAAGCCUAUUCAUACGCUCUAACAGACUGGAAGCGUAUGUUCAACGGGCCCGGCCAUGAACGAUGUGCUGGAGCCCUGAUUUGGCAAUUUAACGACAUCUAUCCGGUCACAUCACGGGCUUUCGUCGACUAUUUCUUGCGACGGAAGCCAGCUUUCUACUCCAUCCGCCGUUAUUUCGCACCCAUUUCGGUUGGUAUUGAGCGUACACCAAAGACUCGCUGCCCAGAUCCAGAUGAGCACCAGGAUUCUUACAUUCUCUCAUUCAAGAUAUUCGCAUACAACACAUUAACCCGACACGUGGUAUGCGUUUUAAUUCUCCAAGCGUUCGACCUAAAGAUAAACACCUGGACUCAACUUGAACCCUUAGACGCGAGUCAGAUGGUCACCCUCAGGGCGGGCUAUAACACUGAGCUUGGGCACCUGGGAGCUCAAGCAGCUUGGACAUAG